AUGGAUUCCCCUUUUGCGAUGACAGACGCCGAGUACGCCGAGCUCCUCGAGUACGAGGUAGUCACAGAGGAGGCCCCCCAAUACUAUAUCGAUCCUCGGCGCCUGUGUGACUACCUCGACUUGACGAAUAUUAAUUUGGACGAGCUAGAAUGGCCAGUAGAGGUGGGUACUGUGUAUGGUGUGGUUGAGAGCGUCGAGCAGGAGGACGAUCACGAGUCAGUUCGGGCCAGCUCAGUUCGUAUCAAAUCAGAGCCCCUAAGUGAGAAGGCGAUUACGACUGUCCGGACUGGCUCUGUGGAAGUCAAGGAGGAAGAGUUGAGUCAAAAUGGAAUCGCAGAGGAGGAUUGGGUGGAUGUUGCACCGCCGACGGCUCGAGAUAGCCCAGCAAUCAAAGAAAGUCCAAGCGAAAGGGCGGGCGAAUACAUCCCAACACCGCCAGGAGCAACGCCCUGGACGAUUCCGGAGGGCCGAUUUGUCUACCAGUAUCCAAACCCGGCCGCAACAGAGCUCAUCGAUGAGGACGACGAGGAGGCAUUAUUCGACAAGAUGGCUAAAGAUCUCCUAGAUCGAAUCAUCAACAUCGACAAGGACGAACCUGCGGUCGAAGAUGACAUGGCGAUACCGGGUACGAAGAAGGCCAAAGACACCCGACAUACCGAGCCAAUGGACGAAAGUCUUGAAGACGAGACACCAAUGGAUUGCACCCGCGACUUUAUGCCACUUCAGAAGGCAUUAUUGCAUCCAGACACUACCGCCAAGCUCAAGUCUGCACGGUGUCGGCGGUCUCCCGGGUUCCGACGAAGUCCAUCGAAUGGCAGCUUGUCAUCCACGGGAUCCUCUUCUAGUCUUCGAUCUCCUAAGCGUGCUGAGAGGCAGAAAAAAGACAUCUUUCGAAAGACUUUGCACAAGAUCCGUGAGGUUACUGUUGAUAGGGUUGUGAUUGAGGCUAGCCCGUUUAGCCAGCGCACCCGUUCCCCCAGCGAUUUUGUUGAUACAAAGCCUUACCGGGCCUCUCCAUAUUCUCCCACACCUACCAAAACACACCAAGCUGUCAAACGUCGUCACAAAAUUGGUAAGAGCCGUUGGCUUCCACGUUUUGAGACUCUUGUGAAUGCAGCUGCAGCUGUGUCGGUUCUUGAUCCCAUCUACUUUCUUGCCGUUCGAUUUUGA